AUAUUUGUUAGUUGGGUAACUAAUAAUGACGCUGUUUAAAAAUAUUUAGCUUCCUUGGCUAUGAGAACUCGGUGUCUUUUGCAGUUUGCUGAGCUAACACCCUCACCUUUCUUUUUCUUUCUUCUCUUCGUUUUCCCACACACUUUCUUUUUCCUUCUCAAUUUUCCCGAGAAACUCUAACCGACCACUCCAGACAGAAACCUCGCUUUACCAUUUUGAAAUUAGCCUUUUCCCGAUUCUCCAUCGCUCUAAUUUCAAUGAGCGCGAACUGAGGCUGAAUAACCACAGUUAGCAUGGAGAACGGCGUCGUUCGGGACGGACUUUGCUCUACCGAGUCUGUUGAUGGAGGUCGCGAUGUCUGGAGCCGUAAGGAUUCUGAUUCUGCUGAUCAUCUCGUCGUCAUGGUCAAUGGAAUUUUGGGAAGUGCCAAGGAUUGGAAAUUUGCAGCAGAGCAAUUUGUUAAAAUGCUCCCCGACAAAGUGUUUGUUCAUUGUAGUGUAAAAAAUGUCUCCACCCUGACUCUAGAUGGUGUGGAUGUGAUGGGUGCACGCUUGGCAGAAGAGGUCCUUGAAGUGAUUCAAAGGAAGCCAAACUUUAAAAAAAUUUCAUUUGUUGCACAUUCAGUGGGAGGACUUGUGGCAAGAUAUGCAAUCGGGAAACUAUAUAGACCCCCGGAAAUAAGAAAUUUGCAAGAGGACCCCUCCACUAAUAUAUGUGACAGAGAUUUGGUUGGUACUAUUGGUGGCUUGGAGGCCAUGAACUUUAUUACUUCUGCUACACCACAUCUUGGUUCUAGGGGUAAUAACCAGGUGCCAUUUCUAUUUGGUUUAACUGCCCUUGAAAAAACAGCAAGUUGUGUUAUUCAUUUAAUAUUUAGGCGAACAGGGCGACACCUUUUCCUUACUGAUAAUGAUGAAGGAAAGGCCCCUUUGCUUAAACGCAUGAUAGAAGAUCACGAUGAUUGUAAAUUUAUGUUGGCGCUGCGUGUAUUUAAACGUCGGGUGGCAUAUUCAAAUGCGGGCUAUGACCAUAUUGUGGGCUGGAGAACUUCAUCAAUAAGGCGUAAUGUUGAUUUGCCAAAGUGGGAAGAUGUUAGUAAUGAGAAGUAUCCUCAUAUAGUGUAUGAAGAACACUGCAAGGCGUGCGAUGAGCAGUCUGAAACCGCUUCAGUUGAGGACAAUAGCUUGGACAAAAUUGAAGAGGAACUGGUGACCGGUCUAUCGCGAGUGUCAUGGGAAAAGGUGGAUGUCAGCUUCCACAGCAGCAAAGUGAGAUUUGCUGCUCAUAGUAUCAUACAGGUAAAGGAUGAAAGCGCACAUAUAGAAGGUGCAGAUGUUAUACGCCAUAUGAUCGACCAUUUUCUCACGUAGAAGCCAACAAUUGCUUGGAACAUUUUGGUAUACAAAAUACAGUCAAAUCUGUCAAUGACACGUCAAGGCUCUCUUUACGAAAACUGUGAUUAAGCAAUUUAUAUUGUUUAUUCAUUACCCUUGUAUGGCACUUCUGCUUGAGCAUAGUAAUAUUUUUAUUAAAAAAAAAGUUUAAUUGAAAGAUCGUUGCUUUACAAA